AUGAUCGGUACCUGCUGUCUUAUUUUCAUCAUCAUCUUGUUGCCUCCUUUGGGUGUCUUCCUCAUGAAGGGCUGUGGAGCUGAUUUCUGGAUCAACUUGUGCCUUACAAUCCUCGGUUAUCUCCCUGGACAUAUCCACGCUUUCUACGUAUUGAUCAAGCAAAGAGAAGAGCACCAGUUGAGAAACCAGCCAGUGUAUGCUACUACCACGCAGGGCCAAACUUACGGUGCCGUUCCACCAUAA